AGUGUGAAUAUGGCGGGAAAGCAGUAACCGAGGUGAAAGUGAAACAUACACACACAUUCUCUCUCUCUCUCUCUCUCUCUCUCUGUGUCUCUGCCACCCUUUAGACAUGACACGCGAGAUUUUCGGCAUUGGGAACCCCCACCACCUUCCUCUCUUUUCUAUGCAUCCUUUGAUUCCCUUUCUUUUUCUCCUCCUCUCCUUCUCUUCUCUCGAGAUUUUUCUUUCUUGAAUGGCAGAAAUGAGCGCUGGAGUGCCACUUGAGGCAAAGGUCAGGGUUGUCAAGUGUCCCAAAUGUGAGAAGCUCCUCCCUGAGCUCCCCAACUUCACUGUUUACAAGUGUGGUGGUUGUAAUGCCACUCUUCAAGCUCAAGCUAAAAAACAAAUUGAAGAAGUGGAAAUUUCACCUGAGAAAUCAGAUGGAGGAAAGUUCAAAGUAUCUGUGAAUUCAGAAAAAAAUUUUAACUUGAAGAGAGUGGGUUCAGAUGGUCUCCCAGAGACUGAUUGUGAGGCUGAUAAUCUGAAUUGUGGGAGAAAAGAGGAUCUGGUUCUUAAUAAAACUGCAGGUGUAAUGAGUACAUCACUGCCUCAAAAUGAAAAUGUUAUGGGUUUGAAAGACCGGAGUGAGCAAAAAAAUAUGAGAAGUGAUACGAUGAUACCAAAGGAAUCGGAUAGUAGAUCUCUUGCCGGUAAUCUCGACCUAAAUGUUAACGAGAUGGAGACCAGUGCACUAAGUAAAGAACGGAUCCGAUUUUUGUCCUCAUGUAUAGAACCGUGGCCGUCAAGAGAAGGCAUUAAGUUUGCGCCUUAUCCUGAUGAAGGACCAUCAAAUUCCUAUGCAGAACCAAACUUAGAGGAGCUGAAACGACAAUUGAAUCUUGAUCAAGACCAGGGAGAGCUCUUGAGGAAACUUGAUGAGUUGAGAGAUCAGUUGAGACAAUCUUGUGAGGCCAAAGACAAAAUGAGAGAUAGGACUCCGUAUAAAAGGGCAAUGUCUUCCAGUCCUUACGGAAACUGCGCUAAUGAUACAUGCUUUACUGAUAACUCAGCAUCCCACAAUCCGGCGACUUGUCAAUAUCCUCCUUCCCUCAGUGGACAUUGUGUAGAUAUGCCAAGUUUUUAUCAGGCAAUGCAUCCUCAGAGCAGCAUUCCUGAAUACAGAGUGCCAUUUGGCUCACAACCAGUAGGAGUAGCUCCUUUUCACGGACAUGUUCAAUACCCACAAAGACCAUGUAACAAUUAUCCUUAUGGUCAGUUGAAUCCAGAUCAUGUUUUUCAUUAUCACCCUGAUGGUUUAUACAGCCAACCUGCCUGCUCUUGUUUUCAUUGUUGUAAUAGACACUGGUCCCUGCCUGCACGAGCUCCACCUGCCAUUUUCAGUGGUCAAAGGGCUCCAUGUAUUGUAAACAAUCAUGGUCUCUACCCUGUGGAAAAUUCUAUGAUGUUUGGCCGACAAAGUUUCAAUCACGGUGUGCCUGGUGCUUCUCUGCAUUCUCAUGCACCGUUUACAAACAAGAGGAUUGUAGUCACAAAGGAAGGGCGAUCUUGUCGUCCAAUCGCAGGUGCUGCUCCUUUUGUUAUAUGUUCUGGUUGUUCAAAAGUGUUGGAGUUACCGCCUAAAUUGUUGCUGAUCAAGAAGAAGUUUAAGCUUCGAUGUGGCUCAUGCUUUCAGAUAAUAUCAGUUGAAUAUGAUGGAAAAAGACUGACUACCACUGCUCCUGUCCAAGCAGUGCAUCCACUGCCAUCUGAUCCUAGUAGCAGUUCUACUAUUGAAAUGGUAGAUGGUUCGAACUUCCAUGAUCCUAUUAACCAAUAUGAUGAUGGGGAUUUCGAUAGCCCAAUCUAUGAUGUCCAUUACACAGAUCAGAAGCCGGUUUUGCCAUCCUUUUCAAACUCUAGUCCUGAUAUGCUAGACAAAAUGCAAGGUCUAUCGUUUUCUUCUGGCACAUCGGAAGAUGUGGGGAGCCCAACCAAUGUGAACUGUCAGAGAGAGCUUCCUGUAGAUGUUGAAGUCCCUUCACAGGUUGCUGGCCAGCCGCUUUCUGAGCAUUUUGGAUAUUUAUCUUCUGAUCAUGUAAGUAAUGGUUCUGGAGUAGGAAGCAAGAGUAGACGCUCCGAUCAAGAGAAUAUUGUGUCAGCAAAUGGUAAUGUCAAGCUGAACGCUACCAAAGUGUCAGUUGCUUCUGAGAUUGAUUUAUCAGUUGAUGACUAUCUAAACCCUGGCUCCUCUCAAGAUUCUUGGGACUUAGGUAGAGAAGAAGAUCAAACAAAAGUGGUUAAAGGUGGCGAGUCAUUCUUUACAGGUGUCAUAAAGAAAGGCAUCAAGGAACUUCGGUCUAACGUUGAUAAUGGCAGGUCCAAAGUUACAAUUAAUGGCCAUCUGCUUUCUGAUCGGUUAGUCAAGAAGGCUGAGAAGAAAGCUGGGCCAAUACAUCCAGGAGACUAUUGGUAUGACUACCGUGCUGGAUUUUGGGGUGUUAUGGGGCAUCCAUGCCUAGGGAUUAUUCCUCCUUUUAUUGAAGAAUUUAAUUAUCCUAUGCCUAAAAACUGCGCUGGUGGGAAUACCGGUGUUUUUGUAAAUGGGAGGGAGCUUCAUCAGAAGGAUUUGGAUUUGCUUGUUAACAGAGGAUUCCCACCCACUGAAGGCCAAUCUUAUAUGGUUGAGAUUUCUGGUAAAGUUUGGGAUGAAGCCACUGGUGAAGAACUUGAGAGUCUUGGCAAGCUCGCCCCAACAAUUGAGAGAUUGAAGCAUGGAUUCGGCAUGCGGGUUCUGACAGUCAUCACAUAAGUUACAAGCAUCAUCCAUUUAGAAAGCUUAUCUGAGGUAUUGCUUCCAGUCAGGAAAAAAAUUGACGACAUAUGUUGCUCUGCUCUGUUCUGUGUCUAUUUAGAAAUGCUAUUCAUAAAUUUUUCUCUACAUAAUAGAUUUAGGUCCGUCCUUAGGUUUCAAAUAUGUAACUAGCUGCUCCUUAUGUUCAAUGUAUCAGAAUGCUUUCAUCAUGUGACAUUGAGUUGUUUUGUUUGUUCAGUUGUCGAUAAUAUAAUGUCUUUGGUGUGUUGAUCUGCAUUGUUUUCUUUUGUUGUUUGAGCAAAUGUUACUACAUCCACAUCUUUCACGGGUACAAUUCGAAAGAAAAAUGAGACUGUAAAACCUUGUUUAUGAUGAUACAUCGAUAAAAAUGAGACUUUUAUUGUUUA